GACAGGGUGGGGCUGUACCACCAAGUGAGCAACAAGACCAGAGGCAUCACCCAGCUGGGCCCCUACAGCCUGGACAAGGACAGCCUCUACGUCAAUGGUCAUCAUGAAGUGCAGCCUGAACUAUCUGCUGAUCAAACUGUCCAACCUCUAGCACCAGCAGUGAAGAACUUCACCCUGAACUUCACAAUAACCAACCUCCAGUUCACAGCAGAUCUGCAGAAACCCAAUUCCAGGAGAUUCAAGUCAACAGAAAGAGUCAUGUACCACUAUCUUGAUCUUUUACUCCAAAGGAGCAGCAUUGGCCCAGCUUACAUCGCCUGCAAAGUAAUGGCAUUCAGGUCCACGGAGAACAGGGAUGACACAGUAGUGGAUGCCAUGUGCAGCUGUAGGGAUGAGCCUUCAGAUCCCAAAUUCAACAGAACAACCAUUUACCAUGAGCUGAGCAAAAUGACCAAUGGCAUCACCAAGCUGGGACACUACAGCCUCAACAGCCAGAGCCUCUAUGUCAAUGGUUACAAUGAACCUCACAGUCUAUCCUCAGUAAAAUCAACCACACAAAGCCCAGGAGCAAUCAUGGAGAACUUCACCCUGAACUUCACCAUAACCAACCUCAUGUUCACCACAGACCUGGAGACACCGAACUCCCGUAAAUUCCAGUCCGCUGAGAAAAUAAUGAAACACUAUAUUGACUCCCUGCUUCAGAAGAGCAGCAUUGGCCCCCAUUUCACUGGCUGCAAAGUGACGGGAUUCAGGCCUGGGAAGAACAGGGAUAGCACAGGAGUGGACACCAUCUGUGGCUACAGAAAUGGCUCCCAGGUGCCCAAAUUUCACCCAGCUGAGGUUUACCAAGAGCUGAGGAGAAUGACAAAUGGCAUCACCAGGCUGGGAAUCUACGACCUGGACAACAAGAGCCUCUAUGUCAAUGGUUACAACGAGCCCCUUGAGAGAUCCCCCAGGAGCACCACAGCUGCACCAAAACCAAUAUCCAGGAAUUUCACACUUAACUUCACCUUGACCAACCUGCGCUACACUGCAGAUCUGGAUGACCCAAAUUCCCGCAGAUUCCUUUCCACAGUGAAAGUUAUGAACCACUAUCUUGACCCUCUUUUCAAGAGGAGCAGCAUAAACUCUGCCUAUACAGGAUGUAAAGCCGUGAGAUUUAGGUCUGGAAGGAGCAGGGAUGACACAAAAGUGGAUGCUGUGUGCAGCUACAGGGACAAUGCCAGCCUGGCCAGGUUUGACAGAGAAAAGCUUUACCAGGAGCUGAGCACCAUGACAAACAACGUCACCAAUCUGGGCCACUACAGCCUGGACAGGAGCAGCCUGUACAUUGAUGGUUUCACCCUCACAGACACAGCUGCAACCAAAAAGCCUCUCUUGACUGCAGUCAAACAGGGCUACAGACUGAGCUUCAGAAUAAUCAAUGAAAACCUCACCAACCCUGAUUCCCAGUCUCCAGAAUACAGAGCAGCAGUAGAAAGCAUCACCAACAAGAUGAAUCACCUGUACCGUCAGAGCGACCUGCGGGACCAGUUCCUGACCUGCAGGAUCACCGGGCUGAGGCCUGGAUCCAUAGUGGUUGACUGCCAGUGCUUCUUCCAGCCCGACCCCAACAUCAGCAGGGCUGUGGUUGAAAGGACUUUCCAGGACAGGACCUCCAACACCACUGGGCUGUGGCUGGGGAGCAGCUACCGACUGCAGGAAUUCUCAGUGGACACCUUGGAACUCUCAGUGGAGGCAGCAACCCACAAGACACCCCUGGAGUCUCGCAAAGAAAACUUUGGAUUAAAUUUCCAAAUCUCCAACCUUCCCUACUCGCCAGAACUGCAGGACUCCAGCUCCCAGAUGUACCAAGAGAACAAAGAGAAGAUUGAGAAAGAGCUCGAGGUAUUCAGGAGCAGCCACCUGAAGGAACAAUUUGUUGGCUGCACUGUGGAGAGCUUUGGGCCUGUCCAUGGCAAAGGACACACAGAGGUUUCCUCCAUCUGCAAGUUCACCCUGGAUCCCCUCUCGGGGGCUUUGCCAGAGCAGGAGGUGUUUGAGGAGCUGAAAAUCCUGACCCAGGGCUUCACCAGGCUGGGCCCCAGCUAUGAGCUGGAGGACCAGAGUCUGAUGGUGGAAGGUUAUUCGCCACUCAAAACAGAUGAGCCAGAGUCCAAAAGAUCAGAGCUUCAGUUCUGGGCCAUCAUCCUCAUCUGCCUUUUCACCCUGCUGGGUUUCAUCCUCCUCCUCUUGUUGUGCUUCCUGGUCCUCUCCUGCCUGAGGAGAAAGUCCCACCUGUACCAGGUGCAGCAGGGCCUGUAUGGGUUGUACUUCCCCCACCUGAGCACUGGGAAGGUUCACUGACACCUCAGCUUGGUCUUCCCAGACCUGUUCGUCCACAGAUGAAGGAAAAAUAGCUAUAAAAAAACCUAGAAAAUAUUUCUGUUAUAAAUUAUUUCAGCGUUUUUUCUCUCCUUGAGACAAACCUUUGCACUAUUGCCAUGAUUCUUUUCAUACUCCAGGAAACUGCCAACAGUGCAGGUGCUGAGGAAAAUAUUAUUUAUUUUUUUUUAAGCACUGCAGUGUUUUAUAUAAAUAAACAUUUUAUAUAAAUAUUACACAACCAAAGGAAAAUAAAAACUACCAGGAGCUGCAGUUUGCAAAGCCCUUCAGUGUUAACGUCAGUUUUCUGAAAAAGGCUUAAAAUUAUACUAAUUUAGAGAUUUUUGGGGACUGACUGUUGUAGAUUUAGAAAUCCCACCUAGAUUUUAGCUUUUUCACCACUGAGCUUUAAAAAUGUAAAUAUCUUAAAUUAAUUCAAAUAUUUCCUCUAUUUAUAAUUAUGACAUUAUGAUGUAAAGAGACCUUGUUAAAUCUGAGUGUGACACAGCCAGGCUGUGUAUUUUGAGAUUGCUGCUGAUUUCAGUUCAA